CGAGAUGUCCAGAGGCGCACUGAGUUUUCGGAUCAUAUUCUAGUAUAAUCGCUUAUCCAAUAUGUCGCUGAAGAUUCUCCUAUUGGCUGGAUUCGCCGGAAUAACUGCCGGAGCUAAAACCGAGAGGCGGAGUGACGUUGAGUUGAAAAAUGUUGGAGCGAGCGGAGAACACUUAAGAGUGGCAAGGCAACUCCCCGAGAACUUCAACCCAGGAGCUCAACAGUAUCCUGUACCACAGCAACCAUUGUCUGGUGGGUUCGGAAGACAGCAACAAUAUUCCAACACUUGGCAGCAGUAUGCACCCCGGCAAUUGUCGCCUGGUGGAAUCGAAGGUCAACGACAAGCUUCAAACUCUUAUGAACUAUCUUACGGAGCUGGAACAGCAGUAGAUUGGAGUGCAGGUAAUGGCGGUGGUGGGCAACAGAGACCAGAGGCUCUCAACCGCGUGCAACUUUACGGGGCAGCAGUUCCACCUCGUUAUUUGCCUGGUCCUUCAAUUCCAUCACCUAAAGAUAAAUUUGGCCAUGGGCACUUGCCAAAUUUUCCCUCCUGUCACCACGGAGGAUGUCAAUAUUAUAGUAAUGGCAAUGGAUGGCCAUUACAUGGAGGACUACACGGAGGAUUUGGAAAAAGUGCACCCGGCUUGAACCUAGGCAGUGGAGGAUAUCCAGGUGAUCCAGGAAAAUUUGGAAACAAACUGCCGAUGCACGGGUGCCAUAGUUUUUCACACCAAGCACAGGCCAAGCCUCCAAAACCUUUUGGUAAAUAAUCAUUUUUCUCACAUUCGAGUGAAUUUGAGAAUGUCUAACUUUAAAAGUUAAGUCAAUUGAGCAAAUCGUUUGGAUAACCAGCAAUUCGAUAGUUUAAGGAAACAAAUUGUAUCAUAAUUUGCCUAUAAAUGAAUAAAUGCGAACUUUCUUUUUCUGCAUCUGA